GAAUAUGGCAACUGCCAGAAGAAUGUAAUGCACAGCUGUUAGUUGUUUUUUUUGCAAACUUUGGACAUCUAUAAAAGUGAUUAUUUAAGUUUUAUAUAUAAUAUACUGCACGUAAGACAGCUCAGGAAAUAUCACGGCCAAUAUUAAAUAUAAGUGUAUGUCAUGAAUGAUAGCAGCGAAAGUAAUAGCAGCCAAGGGACUGCAGACACACCACUUCCCUUGCCUCAUAUACCGAUAGUGACAUCAGUCAGUUGCUGCUUCAUACUUUCUAUCAUAUAUAUAGCCAGUUUAUAUGUUUGGAAUACCAAGCAUAAUCGGGAUCACCCGUCGACGGUGAAGAGACGUUUCAUCAGCGUUAUCAUUGUUAUGCUUAUAGCACCGCUUUUCGUAUAUAAAUUUUCUUCACGCGAACUACUGGAGCGCGCUACAUUUGCGGAAAUUUUAGGUUUGAGAUGGCAGGGACUCUUUCUGGCCAUUACAAUACCUUAUUUGCUGACCAUACUAUUAUUUUUGGGUCCACUGUGCGUGCAGAUGCAAAAUGAGUCUUUAAAAAUGUUUUUGGAUACUGAUUUUUGGAUUGGUUCAUUCAAAAAUAUACUUUGGAUACGCAACCAUGUGAUGGCGCCAAUCAGUGAGGAAUUCGUUUUUCGCGCCUGCAUGAUGCCAUUGAUAAUGCAGAGUUUUUCACCCGUGACAGCUGUGUUCAUAACACCAUUAUUCUUUGGCACCGCACAUAUACACCAUAUAGGCGAACGUCUUAGCUUAGGCAUGGAAUUGAAAACUGCCUUAGUGAUAUCAUGCUUUCAGUUAACAUACACUACAAUCUUUGGUUUCUACUCGGCAUUUCUCUUUGCGCGCACUGGUCAUUUCGUCGCACCAUUCCUUGUGCAUGCAUUCUGUAAUCAUAUGGGCUUACCAGAUGUCCAAGAUUUGUGGCAGCAACAUUUAGUGCGUCGUAUUCUACUUAUUAUAUGCUACAUUGUUGGUUUAGUUGGUUGGAUCAUAUUACUGCCAAUCGCCACACAGCCUUCACUAUAUUCUAACAAUUUAUAUUGGAACGUAUAAAAUAUGGCACAAACUACCAUAAAUUGAAAU